ACUUUUGUCUAUUCUUGUCAGGAUGGCAGAGAUGGAGGCAAAACUCAGAGUAAUAAUUGACGACCGAAUUGAGAAGUUGGUCCUUCCAUCAGGAAUCCCGCCCACUGUGGAGGAGCUGCAUAAUAUUGUGAAGGAGACCUUUGGGAUUUCUACUGAGUUCAGUCUUCAGUAUUUUGACUUGGAAUUUGAAGAUUAUUUUACUCUUCACAACAGUGAUCUUAUCAAACACAAAGGCACUAUAAAGGUUGUUCACACUUCUCCUAUUCUUCUGAACUUGUAUGCAGCUCAUGAAAGUUUGGACAGUUCCUUUGUUCAACAGUCCACUGACUGUGACUCUGCAUCGUUUGAAGAGUCAACUGCAUCAAAUGCAGAGUCAUCUGCUGGAACAUCUUCUUCACAGGACACCAUUAUCCUGUCUGGGCGCAGUACCACAGAACGCUGUCAGCCAUGGCCAAAGCAGUUCCCCAUUCCACAGUUUGCAUACGAAACUGAGAUGUACCUUGAAAGAGGCAAUGAGGACUACAAGAAGAAUGGAACACUUCUCACUACCUCUAAGAUCAAGGCAGACAUACUUGAGAAACUGGCUGAAACUGUAUAUACUUAUACAGCCUAUCCAUCAGGUUCACAGAUAAGUGAUGUUGCUCAGGCACUUGUCAAUAAAUAUCCUUUUCUCAAGGAACCCGGUUCCUUUGCAGGUUACUAUGGCUGGCAGCAAAGCCUUAAAUACAAGAUGUCAAAUUAUCGCACCAAACUCAGAGGCUACGGUGUUCCUGAGGUGUUAUGCAAUGCACUGAAACACAAGACCCCUGCGGACAAGAAGUCUGCAAAGAAUGUAAAAAAGCCUCGAAAAGCAGAGGUAAAUUUCCUUCCUCCUUACCCGGCUGGAGAGGAUGAAGAAAGUCAAGAACAAGAGAGGAUUCAGUUGCUUACUGAAGUAAAGAAAAAGGACAACAACGCAUUGAUAAAAGAAAAAAUGGCCAAAACAUUUGCACACAGAAGAAACGAAAUCAUCAACCAAUCACCCAGUAUAGGGGACAUCAAAGCCAGAUGGCCCGCUCUAUUUGAGACAUCUCACAUCCAGGAUGAGUUUCACAGAAUCACAAUGGUGCAUCUUGAAUCAAAGUUCAUGUCCAAACUGGAUGAAUAUACUCCUCGACUUCUGAACCUCUUCCACUCCAAGGGCGGAAACAUGGGGUUGAGAUUGCAGGCUAUCCUACUCAAGACUCCAAGCAAUCCUGACAUCAACAUGACCAGAGAUGUUAUCAUUCGAUGUUUGAUGCUGUACCUUGGGGAAUCUACAGAUCAACUCUUAAAAGAGUACGAUGAUGCUGAUGAAGACAGUGUGUCACAGGACCUUGCUGUUCAAAGCCUGAAGAUCUACAAUGUCAAAGCUAACAUGUCAGAGGAUCCAGACAUCGGUAUCGUGGUGGACGGCGUGAAAAUUCUAACUGCUCUGGGUAACUUUCCAAGGGCUUGCUCCCUGCUUGUUGGGUUGGCAUAUGCUGUGAAUCUUGCCUAUCCAAAGGAGCUCAGAUACACGUUUGAAGUGUUUCAGAAACUUCUCCUCGGGCUGGAUAGUUCAAAGCUCUCCCCAAAAGUGAACAGCCUCAGGAAUAAACUACUGGCUUAAGAAAACGGACCCUUGCUAAACAAAAGGGAAUAGACAAGUCAAAGUCACUGUGAAAACCAACACGCAAAACUUUGUGAAAUGCUCUGUGAAGUUAGUUACAAUUAGGGUAAUUUUCAGUUCAGUGGAUUUCUGCAUGUGUAUUUUUUCUUGCAGUACAUUACAGUUAACCACCCUUUUUCUAAGGACUGACCCCUUGUUCUCAUAUGUGGUAGUGCGGCCUGUUAUAUGGCUUUGGAUCUGUUCAGGUCUGUCACAUAAGCCCUUGUGCCUUUUAUAGACCAUAGAGCAUCCACUAUUGCCUUUUUGGAGAGUCCAUGCAGGCUUCACCACUGAAGGGUGAUGAUCUGCAGACUGCAAAACUUUGUUGUGUUUCAUUUGCACUUUAUAUAAUAUGUUUUUGUUCAGUUCUGUCUUUCAACUUAUUUUUCGAAAAGGAAAAUAAGUGUCAUGGAGCCAAGGGCCCCAACACAGUGACAAGAUGUAGCAUAAACAUACAAAAAAAGAAAAUGGAAGUUUUUAUGCCUCCAAGGUCUCGCACAUCUCUCACAUCUUGUCAUGUGUUUUCCCCAGGUACGUUUUAUGUGCAUACUUGUUUUGUGCUCUGCAUGCCUCUUAAACAUAAAGUGAACUCUUAUGUGAUUGAUAAAUUGUUGAAGCAAGCUUAACUGAGUCCAAGUUGAUUGUUGUUGAUGUGAUGGUUCUAAAAAAUCAUGUUAACUAUACUUUGAGCAGAGUGGCACUAUGUUUUUGACUUGAUACUGAUAUAUAUUGCCCCUUCUCUGUUUUAUUGUUGUAUUUUGGAAUUUUGCACUUGUUGGGUGCUGGAUAAACACGUUUUAUAAAGUUGCACAAAUAAAUGCUGCUGCUGUUUUAUGCAUUGUAA